CCCCAUGCGCUCCGGAUGCCCUCCACACGCACUCCAUCCCAGAGUUAUCCCAGUUUAAAAACCUCCGCCACACAAAACCCCGCGCUCGUAGUUGGUGACAAAAUUUACCAGACCAGCUCUCCGAAUUCAGUCGUGGUUUCUUUGAAAUAGUGUGAGUUGUGAAGUGUUUUCUCCUGUCUUGUGGAUUACCCGUUCAUUUGGAUUAUUUACCUUUUUGCAUUUUUAAAUUCAUAAAAAAAUUGGAUAACACUCAUGUGGAUAAUUUCUUGCAACGUUGCUUUCCAUCAGUUAAAGAUAAGGAGUUGAUAUGUAGAGCUAGCAGGAUGCAGCAUGCGUGUUGGAGUGGCCGGUCCCUACCACACUUUGCCACAAGGUGUACAACAGCCUUGUUCCCGAUAUGUCAAAAUCCGUUUCCUCGUAGGUGAUCCACUGUAUUUUCUGGUCGAGCCCAAGUCGAGGACUAAAGAGCUGUACUCGGAGCUAUGCGGGUACCUCAAGGCCCAGGGCAUGCUCGACACAGAUCUUUUCGGCCUUUCCGUCCUUUUAGAAGGAGAAUACAUAUUCGUGGAGCCGGACUACAAGUUAUCCAAGUAUGCGCCGAAAAGCUGGCGUUCGUCGUCGUCUAACGGCCUGGAUAACAAUGGGAAGCCGUUGUUAGAGUUUUUCUUUCAAGUGCAGUUCUAUGUGGAAAGCCCUCUUCUUCUUCAGGAUGAAACCUCAAUUGAACAUUACUUCACCCAGAUCAUGGGUAACGUCUUGGAGAGGGGUAUGUUUCAUCCAUCAGUUUCCCAUCAGGCGCUGUUCAUCCUUGCAGGCCUGGCAUUACAGGCUCAGCACGGUGACUCUUCCCAUCCUGACUUCUAUACCAAACCACAGAACUACCUCCCACAACAAUUAGUCAAUUCCUGUGGGGGCUCGAGACUGAGCCACACCAUAGCCUCGCUCCACAGGGCCAAUUCUGGACUGACAAAGACGCAAGCGAGAGUGCAGUACAUAAGAGAAGCCUCUUCUCUUGACACCUCUGCCAUACCACAUAACACCCACCUCUAUAGACUACGAUCAUCCAAGCAUGAAACACCUCCUGGAAAUGUUGUACUGGCAAUUUGCACUCGUGGAAUAGAAUUAUACCAGGAAAAUUCUCAAAAACCUCUCAGUGGUAACUUUUUAUGGAAUGAUAUUGGAAAACUCUGUUUUGAUAGAAAAAAAUUUGAAAUAAGGGGAGCAAAUUGGGCUUCAAGCGAAAAGUUUAUUUAUUAUGCUAGUAGUGACGAAAAAAGUAAACAUCUCCUUUCCCUGUGCAAAGUUACACAUCAGUAUAGCAUGGCAGUACAACCAAGACUUGCUCAAGUACGAGGACGAGAAGAAUCAGAAAGAAAACAAUGUCGAGAGUGGCCAAUGGAAAUUGGAAAAUAUUCUAAUCGGUAUGGUGGGACGGGUGAGCAGAGGAUAUCCGUUAUUUCCUCUACUUCGUCAACCACAACAUCUGGAAUUGUGUCUGACAGGGUCCACAGUCUAGAUGAAAGUGAAGACGAUUUAGAGUUGGAAAUAAUGAUAAACUCUCCACCAGCACCAUCUGUAGAAUCUCUGGCACUUGCACACCUUUGUGAGAGUAGCCAGAAUUCUCCUGUUCCACAGACUACACUUGACGUAAAGCCAGUGGUAGACACUGUGGAUAAUUGCAACAUCAAUGUAGUCACCAUGACAUCUGCAACAACAGAUGGUUCACAGUGUUCAAGUUCAGCUUCGACAGUUGUCAUACAAAAACAACAACAAUCUGUUGACAAUAUGAACUCGGGAGGAAUGGUCCCAAGAUGUGAAAGUGUUACAUCAAGUUUGGAACUUGGCUACAGCCACACAGCUCAGCAUUCAGCAUUGUCUGAGACCUGUGAAUUGGACUAUUCAGUACAAUCAGUUCAUGCUAGCUCUGGAGUUUAUACUCUGGAUGGAAGUUGUGAUACUCAUACAGUUGUAGAAACUGUAGCAAGCAGCAGUGGGAUUGGCCUUGAAUCUCAAGGUCAGAGAUCACGUUCAGGCUCACUUGUGAGUAAUACUGGCAGCUUUCAUGGCGAUGGAUCUGAUCCAUCUGAUGCAGGAAGAGGAAAUUUGCUGAGUGCUGAAGAAUUAUCCAAUCUUAUAGUACAUCGGAGUCCUAAACCAAGAAGGGGAAUUUAUCCAACAAGGGCAACUGUUAGCUCAACAUUAGAUUCUUGUUCUGAUUACGUGACAUUGCCACCUCCUCCUAUUCCACCACCACCCAUUCCUCCCCCACGAGGAGAUUCGGACAAGACUCAAAAUUAUGUGGUGCUAGAGCCACCCAAGCUACAAAGUAGAGAUUUCUAUUAUUCACAAAACAUGCUUCCUCAGAUUAUGAUUCCACAACAGUACCAGUAUAUGUCGAACAUGUUACACCCAUUGAAUUCUUUGCCAUCGCCCAGUUCUGAUGACUCUGCCACUAGAUUUCUGACACCAAAACCUCAGAUGAAUAUGUUGCCAAGUCACCAUGGGUAUCUUCACCAAAGCCAUAGUUUCUCUCACCCAAAUCCAAGAUUUGACCCUUCAGCAAGAAUGAAGUUAAAUUCCAACAUGAUUCCAAUUGUCGGCAGUAACAACUACUUGGAUGUUAGAGGGUCAUAUUUGCAACAAUACCAUCCACAAACGCAUCUUCUCCAUUCACGACAACCACCACCGCCUCCCCCAAGGCCAAAUCUUUCAACAGUUUACACAAGCCAAGUGACUCGUUCACAGAUCGAGCAGUUCAAGCAACAGCUUUACUCUGAUGCAGAUUAUGUAAUGUACCCUAUGCAAGAUCCUGCUAUUUCUAAACAAGAAUAUAUAGACUCUAAAGUUGCUUUAGGCUACAGGCAAACACCACCACCACCUUACCCAAGCAGUAAGAACAUUAUGUACAGAAGCACCCCUAAUGUUGCAGUAGCGAGUGGAUACCUUCCGAUUUAUAAUAAACUAUCACAUAACAAAUUCGCUUCAAACCAAAAUCUAUCUGACUACUAUCCUCAAUCCUUUCUGUCUAGUUCUCCAUUGUAUUCAGCAGCAGCUAGUUACUCCUCCUCAUCGACACAUAGCCUUCGAUUUGAUCCUAUUCAUCAACCGAUUCCUCCUCUUGCCAUGCCUCCAUCUUUUCACAGAACAGUGUCACAUGAUAACAUUCUCAGCUGUGAAAGGCUGACGGUUGACCGAAGCAAAUACAGAAGACCACCGCCUCCAGUCCCUACGUCAGAAAUAUCUAAUUUAGAAGCAAGUUUUGCUGGUAUGGCUUCUUCAAGCAAGUCAACACCACGCAAGGAUUCUGUCGUCGAAAAGAAAGAUUCGCCACUCGAUAUAUCUUCAUUGAGAGAGAAGAGUCGUAACUUAGACCUUCCAUUGAUAUCUGCAUUGUGCAAUGAUAGAAGCCUUCUAAAGCAGACAAAUGCUUUUGUGAUGCCGCAACAUCCAGGGGAGCAGGAGAGGCCUGUUUCGUGGCAUGUUGAAACACAGAAGCAUACCGAUUUCACUGACACGGGAAAAAAAUCAAUCUUUUCAACACUGCUCUCAAAAUCAGUCUCAAAUCCAUCAACACCUUCAAAAAACUCCAAACUCAAAUACCCAGUGUCAGGACUUUCUACAAAUCAAAUUGUCAAAGCAAACAGGAAGACCAUCAGCAGGCACAAACAUCCAGAAACUAAAGUGUCUACUAAAGUGAACAGGAGCCAGAGUACUGGAGGUGCAACAUCAAAAGAUGGUUUACGCUAUUGAAGAUAAUUUUUUAACUGCACUUUUUAUAUUUCAAGCGUUAUGCCAAAUGAUUUUUUUAAAAGAAAUUCUUUUCUCUAGAUUAUGUAUUUUCAAAUAAUAAUUUGAAAUUAUUUUAAAAUUUACGAUAUGUUAGUAAAAUUAGUAAUUACUAAAAUUAGCAAAAGAAAAGUGCAAAAUAAAUUGAAUUACCUUUAGACAAAAACGACUGCAACAUGAAUAUUGGUUUUAUACUUGUGGUUUUAACAUGAAUAUUGCAAUUAUACUUUUUAAAAAGAGUAAUUGAUAGAUAUUUUUAAUAAAUUUAAGAUAUUUAGGGUUUAUAGCAACAUACAACUCAGGGUGCCAUUUGAUUUAAUUUGCUAUCAAUGUUAUUUGUCUCUACCAUUCUUUUCUAAAUGAAAGAUAAUGGGGGAUGAUAUUAGUUUAUAAUUUUAAUUAGUUUUGUUAAUUGGUAGGUUUUUUUAACUUCUUCGCCAAAUUUGUUACUUAUUCGACUUCUUUUUGUAAAAUAUUUAUAUUCGUGUGGGUAACAAAUUUUUAGGUUUUAAAUGAGAAAAUUGUUUUACAAAAGAGGAAUGUUUUAAAAACCUAUCGAUGCAAAAUUCGUUUCGUUUCAAUUGUUUAUACUAUCGUAGAAUUUGUUUAUAUUAUCAUUAAAUGAAAUGACAAAUUAGUUUUUAAACUGUUGUAGAUUGGUUAUGAAUAUUGAUCAUAUUUUAAUAAUGAAAAUGUGCAAUGUGUUUAUAUUGAAGAAAGUAUUGCUCAAAAUAAAUUAGUAUUACUGCUCAAACGUU